AUCCGCAGUUCUUGCUUCAACAGUGCUUGAACGGAACUCGGCUUCUCCGGGCUAGAAUCAAAUAUCCAACAGUCUUAUUUCUACUUUAGCAAGUGCAGUGAAAUCGUGACGUCAUGAGCGCUCAGAGCCAGAUCCGCCAGAACUACCAUGAGGAGAGCGAGGCUGGAGUCAACCGCAUUGCCAACCUGGAGCUGCAGGCCUCCUACCUCUAUCUGUCUGUGGGCUAUUUCUUCGAUCGUGACGAUGUGGCACUUUCCAAGUUCUCCAAAUUCUUCCGCGAACUGUCUGAGAAGAAGCGGGAUCAUGCUGAAGACUUCCUGAAGUUCCAAAACAAGCGAGGGGGCCGUGUUAUAUUCCAAGACAUCAAGAAACCUGAUGCUGAUGAGUGGGGCAAUGGGACCAAGGCUAUGGAGGUUGCCCUCAAUCUUGAGAAGACCAUCAACCAGGCUCUCCUUGACCUGCACAAAAUUGCUACUGAUCACGUUGACCCACAUAUGUGUGACUAUCUGGAACGUGAGUUCCUAGAGCAAGAAGUUAAACUGAUGAAGAAGCUGGGAGACCACCUUACCAACCUGAGACGUGUAAAGGCUGCUGAAGAUGGCAUGGGAGAAUACCUCUUUGAUAAGCUGACCCUGAGUGACAGUGAAUAAGUCCUGUCUCUAAAUGUGUUGGUUACAGCUCCCGUCUGGCCAAGCACCCCCUUCCUCCCGCUUCUUACUAUUGCUCAUUUACUGAAAUAUAAAAGCUAAAAUAUGAUCUCUGGAGUGUUGAUUUGCAUGAUCUGCAGAACUAAAAUAAAUCUUUAUCAGCAUUAA